GGCUGCUGGUGGCUGUGACGUUGGUGCCACAAGGAGAGUUGUCACCAGAGGAGUGCCUGGGAUGGGACUGCCAAAAGCAUGGAAACAAAGUGCUUCUUACUCUCUUGGUCUAUUAGAGCGAACUUUCAUCUUGUGAUCCGUGUGCUGAAGUGCCCUAAGGCCUGGCUGCCCUGUGACUCGUGGGUGGUGGGUGUUACAAAAGGUUUUCCCCUCCCUGGUACUACUCAAUUUGAGGUGAUUUAAAGGCAGUUCACGGAUCUGAGGAGAAAUCUGCAUUAAGUGCUUUUCUUUCUAAGUCACUUGUCAUUGUGCAGCGUCCAGAAGCAUCAUAGCCCUCUGGCCACCGCCUUCCCAAGGAAUUUUUUCAUUGGAAUGGUAUUGCUGAGAAAUGUGGAGGCUCCAGGGACCUGCGUGCUGUCUUUUGUCACAGGCUCUUUGCUAUGCUUGUCAUAAGCUCUCAGAUGAAGUCAUUGCUCCCGGGCAGGUCGUGCUGCAGUGUUGCAGGGCUUUAAGAGAAAGGUAGCAAGGAUUUGAGGUGAUAGCUGGGGUGGGCACAGCACGUGGGGCUUUGCAGGUGGCCCCGGAUCCUGGCACGUGCCCAUGGGCAGGGACCUCCCCUCCAUCGCUGCAGGUGCUGGUCCUUGUGCCAACCUCUUCAGGUCUUCGUUUCGAGGAUGCUUUGGUGGCGUUGCCUAGGAACAAAUAGAGAUCUGACUGUGUUGUUUGUGAAAGAAAUAAAUGAUUUUAGUGCUGAAUUCUGAUGCCUUUGCUAGUUGGGCUGUGCGUGUGGUUGGUUGGGUUUUGCCCCCCGUCAGAUACCUUAUGUGCUAGGUAUGCAAGUCUAGGCCACAUGGUACAAAGCAUACCUGCUGUAUGAGGUUAGUAAGCAGAUUCUGCAGGAGACUGUUGAGAUAAGGCUGAGCUGUUUGCUCUUGGGUUGUUUUAAGGGCUUUUAGCCUGAACCUGGCACAGAGUUCUGCAGGUAGGGUUUGCUUACCUUCUGCCUGCUGUGCUGUGCUCACAGGAGGAGCAGGAUUCAUUAUUAUGGAUAGUGCUGAUGCUGCGUGCUCUAAGACUAUUUUUUUCCUGGAAGCUCAUAGGCUGCUGUUGCAAGAGGCAAGGAGGCAUUUGUUGUGGUUCACCAGAGAACAUUCAGUUCAAAAAUAGUAUUGCAGGAAAAGACAGAGGUUCACUUUCCGAAGCAGCGAUGGAAGCAGGCAGCCUUCCAAAACGCACAUGAAAAUGCCUCUGGCUCCUAUUUCAGGAUGAGAAAAACAAGAGCGAGUUGAUUGGAGAAAUCUAAUCCGUGGCUUCUGAUUGUUUGUUUGCUUUUGAUUGUUUGCUUUCCCUUUGCUAAUAAGUGAAAGAGCGCAAAUGUGCUCAAAUUCAUAACCAUGCUUUGGCUUGGGGGUUCCCUGUCAGGUCUUGUGGGUUGGGGAGGUGUGGAAUGGUAGAAACGGGUUUUCUUUAGGCUUUUGUGUCUGUGAAAGGGUGUAAAACGGGCAGAAGCAAAUAUUGUGGGUUUGGACAGCCUUGUGCUGGCACUGAUCCUGCUCUGCAUCACAGCUCAGGAUGAUGGCAGCGGCCUGGGGCACAGGGAUGACUGCAGCUAUGACGUGGCACUUCCCUAUUUAGGGGACUGUGACAGCCAGCAUCAGUCGUUACUUUGAGAACUGAAGGGCAGAUGUGACUUUGGCAGGGUCUGUUUAUCCAGUCCCAUUGCAGGCAGUUGUUCGGUUAAUUCCAAAGGUCGGCUGACCUUUGUGUUACCUCUGGUGGUCAGCAAAACACUGUGGCUGUGGCAGUGCCAGCACUGUGACUUGUCACGUUUGAGUAACAGUGCUUGGCCUCUUAGUUCUCCAUCUUUGCUUCCUGAAGGUAUUGGGCAGUCGCAGCUGCGUGUGAGCAGCGCUCAGGAUCACUUUGGAUGCAGUGGGUUUGGAGGUCAUAUUGAACAUGGACAGUGAGGAAAUUCCGACCUUCUCAAGUCCAAAGGAGGAAACUGCCUAUUGGAAAGAGCUUUCCUUGAAGUACAAACAAAGCUUCCAGGAAGCUCGUGAAGAACUGGCUGAAUUUCAGGAGGGAAGCAGGGAACUAGAAGCUGAGUUGGAAGCGCAGCUAGUGCAGGCUGAGCAGAGGAAUAGAGAUUUACAAGCAGAUAACCAAAGGCUGAAAUAUGAAGUGGAAACAUUGAAGGAGAAACUGGAGCACCAGUAUGCACAGAGCUACAAGCAGGUGUCGUUGUUAGAGGAUGACCUGAGCCAGACCCGGGCCAUUAAAGAUCAGCUUCAUAAGUAUGUCAGGGAGCUGGAGCAGGCCAACGAUGACUUGGAGCGUGCCAAGAGGGCAACAAUAGUUUCAUUGGAAGACUUUGAGCAAAGGCUGAACCAGGCGAUAGAGAGAAACGCGUUUCUAGAAAGCGAACUGGAUGACAAGGAGUCACUGCUAGUUUCUGUACAGAGAUUAAAGGAUGAAGCCAGAGACCUGCGGCAGGAGCUGGCAGUACGGGAAAGGCAGCAGGAAGUCACCCGCAAAUCUGCGCCCAGCUCUCCAACUCUGGACUGUGAAAAGAUGGAUUCAGCUGUCCAGGCAUCUCUCUCCUUGCCAGCUACGCCUGUUGGAAAAGGAUCUGAAAAUAGUUUUCCUUCCCCCAAAGCUAUACCAAAUGGAUUUGGUACAAGCCCUCUUACUCCUUCAGCUAGAAUAUCUGCACUCAACAUCGUGGGGGAUCUCUUACGGAAAGUUGGGGCCUUAGAAUCCAAGUUAGCUGCUUGCAGGAAUUUUGCAAAGGACCAGGCAUCACGGAAAUCCUACAUUUCAGGGACCGCUAACAGCAGCGCGAUGAGCAGCAACGGCACCAAGUUCCCUCAUGCAGGGCAUACUUCUUUCUUUGACAAAGGCCCCUGUUCUCUCUUCCCUGCCCCAAACUGUCGCUGGAGCCUGAAACAGCCACCCGCGCUCCUAGACCCGGUCCAGUCUGCAGCCGCUGCCUUAUGAACGGCCAGUUGUUGGGUGGUGGGAUUGUGCCAGAGGGCAGUAAACGGCUUUGAUCAAGGGACCCCGGGACUGGGAGCCUCCAGACCUUCCUCAGCACCUGGCAUGCUCCCCCUGAGCGUAU